AUGUCACCGGUCACAAACGCCAUGCUAAAUGCUAAACGGGAAAAGGACUGCAUCACGAUUACAACAGAGCGAAAGUAUUUCCAUGCCGAUGGCUCGUUCGUCAAGCGCAGCUUACGACCUCACGAAUGGCAACAUAGCCCUUUUCGAGGCUUACUGUGCAUUCCCAGACUUGGCAAUGAACGUCUGUUAAAUGAGGCGGCAGCCCUGCGAUUCAUCGCCAAAAACACAGACAUACCCGUGCCAAGGGUGCAUGUCUGCUUCGAAGAUGACGGAGCUAUUUGUCUAGUUACCGAGUAUAUUGAGGGAGUUACUAUGGCUGAUCUAAAACCGAAAGAGCGUAAAGUUGUCGAGGCGGAAAUAGAAGGCUACCUUGAAACACUUCGAAGCCUCUCGUCUGACGCGUGGGGGGGGCCUUCUGGACUGGUUAUCCCGCCAUAUCGGGUGCUGAAGCACCCUGUCCGUGUACAGUGGGUGAUGCGGCCCAGAAUUGCCAAAGACUUGGUUUUCUGCCACAACGACCUAUCCACGCAUAAUGUCAUUGUAGACCCAGAAACCUUGAAAGUCAAUGCCAUUAUUGAUUGGGAAUACGCCGGCUACUAUCCCCCGAACUUUGAAGGCAUGUUCUUUCGCCGCCCAGGCCCGUCCGGCGCGCUUGAUGGAGAGAUCAACGACGAAGAGCGGCUGCUGAAAAUUAUGUACGAAAACGAGCAAGAAGAACAAUGA